AUGCGAGAAGGAGAAACACUGAAGGCCUAUUCGGACAGGUAUUGGGAAAUGUAUAAUGAGAUAGAGGGAAAUUACGAUGACGUCACCAUUAGCACAUUCGAGAGGGGCCUGUCGACAGAGCAUGGUUUAAGAAAGUCCCUAACCGGGAAACCAGUCACUAAUGUGCGCCAACUCAUGGACAGAAUUGACAAGUACAAAAAGGUCGAGGAAGACCAACAGACGAGGAAAGGCAAAGCGAAGUUUGUCCCUCAGGAGAGGAGGGACUUCAGGUCGGAUUGCUUUAACAACAGUAAUAGGCCGAGAAGGGAUUACUCGGAGCAGUCUGGAUCCACUGCGGUACAGGCAAUCCAUGCUAUGUUCCGAGAACCAUUACUUAAGGUCCUAGAGAAGGUGAAGAAUGAACCGUUCUUUCAAUGGUCAAGCAGGAUGGCAGGUGACCCCUCGAAACGUAACCAGAAUCUGUAUUGCGCAUAUUACCAAGAGUCGAGCCAUACUACCGACGAUUGGAGGAAUCUGAAAAACCACUUGGACCGACUUGUCCGAGAGGGGAAGUUGAGACAUCUAUUGCAUCACCCUGUUGGAUGGCAAGAGCAGUCAAACGUUGAAACCAGGCAAAGCACAUUGAGGCCACCUAUUGGCACAAUAAAUGUCAUCCUCGCUGCACUAGGAAGGACCGGCUCCAAUCAUUUCAAAGUAAUGUCGGAGGGCAGGCUCCUAGCUGAAACUGACAACAGGGAAUCCAAGAGGGCUAGAGGGAUGGCCACGUCCCUAAUCGGAUUCUCGGAUGAGGCCAAACAGGGAACCCUUCAACCCCACGACGACGCCUUAGUUGUCACGCUCAGAAUUGGGGGAUACGAUGUGAAGAGGGUGCUAGUUGACCAAUGCAGCGCCGUGGAAGUAAUGUAUCCCGACUUGUAUAAGGGAUUGAAGCUGAAGCUAGAGGACCUGACGGCAUAUGACUCCCCUUUGGUCAGCUUUGAAGGAAAAACCGUCACCCUAAAGGGCAUCAUUAGGCUGCCUAUACAAGCAGACUCGGACGUGGUGGGGGUGGACUUCAUUGUGGUAGAUGCAUACUCCCCCUAUACUGCCAUCGUGGCCCGACCGUGGCUUCAUGCCCUAGGGGCUGUGUCAUCAACCUUACACCAAAAGGUGAAGUAUCCGUCAGAAGCUCAAGUGAAAGAAGUAAUAGGAAACCAGGUGAUGGCCCGACAAUGCAUAGUGUCAGCAAUCUCGUGA